CAACACUUAUUAGGUAUAAAAUGCCCGUUAAUGAAGGACCUGUCACCAAACAAAUUUUGGGGUUGGCAAUUUAAACUGUUUUCAAAGGUAAAAUGAUGCAAUACUGUUUAGCCGUUCUGUUGGUAGCCUGUGUGGCUGCUAUCCCCAAAAAUAACUACGGACAUCACGGACCAGUGCAUAGACCAGUGCAUGGACCAGUUCACGGGCACGGCCAUGUUUACAGAAACCCCUUCAUCGGGUCCGCUGGAGGACUCCAAAACAGUCUCCUUUUUAACGGUUUAAAUGGCGGAAGAAGGCUCUCAGGAUCCGGCGGUCACAUCACAAAGUCCCUAACUCACCAUGGAAAGUCCAUCCACGUUAACGACGGUCGUAACGUAGCCACCGCCACCGCCCACCACGACGGCAGAGUCAGUGCAAACGUAGUCCCAAGUCAUCUUGCAGGUCAUGGAGGGCACCUUUUUGCCGGUGGCCCAGCUGGUGGACUUAGACCUGUCGGAGGUAUCGCCCCAGUAGGUUUGGGACCAGUAGGAAGUUUGGGACCAAUUGGACACGUUUCUCCACCGGUUUAUGGACAUGGAAACCGAAGAGGAAAGAAAUAUUAGACGACGCUUUAGUACACGAGUGAUCUUGGUAUGGGAGUGUUAUGUUUGUUUGGAAUAAAUUGUUUAACAUUGUUACUCACAUAAAAA